AUGUCCACUCUUAGCGAUACGGAACUAGAGAAGCUCUUCUCCGGCGCCCCACAGUUCUUUGCCCGCUCAGAGGGCGUAAAUACCGGCGCCCCGAACCCGAGCGUCGCCUUUCCGUGGGACGAGGCACUCGAGAUCCGCGACCUGACAGAUCAUGCCCAGAUCGAGGACGAGGCAUGGGGGUGUGCGACGGCCUUGCCGCAUCUCGUGCGGAGCCCUCGGCGGCGCAGCAGCGCUUCGAGCAUUGGCAAGAUAAAGCGAGCACAUUUCUAUCCGAAGUGCCGGGAACGGCCGAACAUGCUGAGCAUGCAAGGUCUUGAGAAGGGCACAGUAGGCUUUUCAGCGGCGCUGGAGCUGUCGGCUGCCGACGCUCUUCAAGAAGAACAGUAUGGAUUUGAAAGCGCAGGAGGUCGCCGACCUGAUCCCAUCAUCGAGGCACGACAGAAGAUGUUGACUUCCAAGGAUGGACUGCGAUAUCUCGAAGAACCGGCAAUAAUGGAGCAACUGAUCAAAAACGGGCGGAGAUAUGCUACCAAUGACAUAAGAGAUAAUAUGCUCUCGACCGACUUGUAUAAUGAACUCUUCCUGCACAUCCUUCACCCGCCAACUCGAGUCCUUGACCACCAAGACCCUUAUAGCCUCUCCGUCCAGAUUCAAGCCUUACUGAAGGUGCUCAACACGCCCAACGUAUGGGUUGACUUCUCUCAUGUCGAAUGGCGCAUCCGCCUGGGCCAGGUUCUCUGGGGCAGUCCCAGUAUAGCUGACGCCGAGGACCUUAUCGAUGGCGAAGAACAUGAUGGGGGCGAUAGCAUCGAAGCAAGAUCUGAGGAACGAUACUGGUUAUUAUUGCAGAUUCUUCUGGCAUGCGAGCUCUGGAUCAGGUUGGACGCUAUAGUCGAAGCCGAUGAUGCAGGGACAGAACAUAUCAAGCCCCGUGAGAUCUAUCGGUUUCAACAAGAAGCCAAGACCGCAGUCAAAUGGUCGAUGCUGCUGGCUAAGUCAUGGCUUGAAAACAUAGAAAUAACGAAAGUUGAAGAAGGCCUUAAACCGGAUGAGGGAGCCACACGGCAUUCUAGUGCGGGAUGGCUUGCAACUUUCACGAAGCGGCUGUCUCUGGCCAGUGAUAACGGUGAUAAAAGCCACGCAUCACUCGCACCAGGGUCGCGACCAUUGAGCCAUGCCGCAGCUGAUCAUCCAGCGUACGAUAUGAGAGGGAAACACGGCCAACGGCAGGUAGAUGGGCUGACGCACUUCGCACGUCGGCUCAAGUGGCCAGGAAUCGAUGCAUACGAAGCCCGAAUUUCCAACAACGUCCGAGCAGUUUCGGAGAAGACUCCUUUGAACACCCCCCUUGCGAGCCCUGCGUCCGACAUGGCCUCAUACUUUGGAUCAGCCGCCGUUGCGGGAAACGGCAACAGUGCAAAGACCUCAAUGCACAUAGCUGAUCAAAUUCGCCGUCAACCAUCAAAGCGCAGGAAAGUUGCCGCAGCAUUGCACCCCGCGGGUUGGCUUUCUAAGAGCUACGUUUCGGGACUUAUGCUGCCAGGGGAAGGUCUCAGCCACUUUUUAAUGUCGACGCUCUUGGAAAACGAUACAGAGGCCAUGGCUAAAUUGGGCCCAAUGGCAAAUCUCUGUGGUGGUUUUGUGUACAGCGGAAAGAGUUUCUGGAGCACCUCGUGUAUUGUUGGCCGCGUUAUUGCCGCUGGGAAGGGCUCUGUCGAAUGUAUGGGAUGGAUCUCAAGCGAUAUAACUCCAGAUGGUCUGUCAGACGGAUGGGUGAACGUAGAGGUAGCGGACGUUCCUGGGGAGUCAUCUCAUCUUGGGAGACAGGCGCGAAUUUGGGGCAAGGCAGCCAUUGAACGGCAAUCUUCCGUCCUAGGUGACGGCGAUCUGGGCUCAGUUCUUCCCGCCGACUUUAUCAUCCCGUUCGAGAAUCUUUACAAGGGGCUGCCCCCGCCAGCUCUGUGGAUUGAACUCAAGGCUCUGAAACUGUUCGCCCGGGCUGACUCUGGAUGCACCACCCCAGCAGUGGAGUUGAGCACUCCCCUGACGCAGCUGACUGAGACCACGGCUAGCAGCAGCAAAACCUGGCCAGAGAUUAAAACUUAUCCAGCAGCUGUUAAAUUCACUGUAGGGAAGAUCGACGAUUACACAGACUACGGGGAUGGACCGGGAGACGAUGGGGAUCUCGAAAAAGACUAUACAUUCAACCUCACGCAUGAUGUCUACUUUGCCACGGCCCAUCCCUGUGUCCCAUCUCAACACGUCAAGGUCCUGAAAUCACCCUCGAGUCCCACCAUUCAACAAAUCGAUUUAGAGUCUAGCGCCGACAGUAGCAACAACGAAAACUUUUCCAACAAGCGCUCAUGCCCAGUCAACAUUACCGGCCACCCUCUCCACAAAUACUAUACUUAUACCGCAAUCCACCUCUCUGAGCUUCUCGACCGCCGCGAUUCGACCUUGGAUGACCUACUCAACAACCCCGGCCCUAACGAGGCAUAUCGUCGUCCAUCGGUAGCGCCUGGACCGCAUGGGAACAAGACUGCUCGGGUUCUGGUCGUAGACUGCAUCACAGGCUUCCAAUCGCUGCCUCAGGCGCACGAAAUCCCACUAUCCCCUGUCGUCAGCCGAUCCAGCUCGCUGAACAUAUCGACUUGGGAAGCCUCGCCACCCAGGAUGCAAGUACCAGUCUUGCAGGAGCCGUCCCCGCCGCCGCGCUCGGCAUUUGCGGCUGCAUUUGCUGCGGCCUCUUCUACUGGUAGCAACGAUACUACGAGCUUGAAAACAACAUCCCCAAUUAACACUAAUAACAUUGAUGUAGACGUCAAGGGCAUCGCCGUUAGUGGAGCUAUACCCGAAUCGCCGGGACACAAGAUGCACUCAGAGACGCGAAGGCGCCAGUUCGGCUCCGACAUGGAAAUUCUUAUCCGAGCGCUCUGUGCUGAGAAGGGCUGGAAUGCUCUUGUCAGUCGCAGGCGCAGAGGAUGCCUGGCCUGUGCGAUUCGUGAGGCAGGGGCUCUUGGGUGGAAAGUCAUCAUCAGGAUCCGCAAGCUCCCUAGUGCUCCACUCCUUCCAUCCGGGCUUCUCGCCUGGAAGGCGCAAAGAUUCCCACUCUUCCCUCGUCACGUCCUUCCACUCUUCGACCGGAAUCCAGCCAAUGUAAGCGCGAUCGCCAAAGCCACCGACCCAGUACACAUUGGUCACUACAAGGCGCACCCACUCAGCCUCGUGGAUCGGGUUCCCCGGGAGCCAGUACUUGGCGUCCGGGUGGGUGUUGACGUAGCAUGUCGCCACGCUCAAGUGCUUUGCCGGCUCAAUCUUCUCGAGGUAACCCAUGAGCGAGAAGCGCGGAAGGUUGGCGGCAGAGUACGGCACGGUGUCGGGGCGAUGCUCCUCGGCGCUGCCGCCAACACCCAAAAAGCUCAAGAGGCUCGACGCCCACGAGGGCGGAACCCAGGCCAGCGCCAGGCUGAUGUUGCUCCCGUGCGCGACGUUGCGGAACGACGUUCCGAUCUUGAGGGAGAGGAUGGUCGGGUUUCCGCCUUCCUCGCAGUCGGCGAUGUAGUCGUUCAAGCCGAUCGGGAUACCGGCGACUUCCGGGUGGCUCUGAGACGCGGGGAAGACGGUGGAGAAGGUUGCCAGUGGGGUGAGUGCGAGGAUCCGCCGCGCCAUGGCGGCCGAUUCGCGCGAGGUCGGGAUUCUGAUGGACGAGUCGGAGGCCGGUGGGUUCGAGAAAACCGAGAUCCUCGCGUCAAUCUCGCGACCCUUCUCGCCAUGGCGAGCUUCAUUGGCACCCUCUUCCCCACUGGGAAGCAGGAACGCUCUGAGCGCCCGGGAACGCCCAAUCGCAACAGCUUCAUCAACCCUGCCAGCACUCCCCAAGGAAGUCCCAGCAAAAAGACUGUCCCUCCUGGUGCCAAUGAACUACCAAACGCUCUAGAGGGCAUGAAGCUCAUCCCGCCAACCCUCGAUCCCUCCAUCAAGCUCGGCCGGCCACAGAGCGUCGUGACCCCUCUAUCACCCGGCCGAAACAACGUGCAAGCCACGGAUGAGUCCGUCUUCGUAGAUGAUAGUGUGCUGCACAAAUCUACAGCCACCCCCGGAGCGCAUAUGUUGAAGCAGGGUCAAGAGAAUACACCUCCGCCACUGAGCUCUACACGAGCUGGUGGCGGCCUCAAUAUCGCUCAUGCCCACACAGACCAGCAGGCCGCUCCUAGCCAAAGCCAUGCUGCUGUGUCCCGUCAUGAGCACUAUCUUCGGGAUAGGCCGACGACACCUGCCACGAGACGAUUUAACACAAACCGUGGCCUGACGCCGGAGGAGCUGGAGAUUCUGAAGAAGCCAAGCAUUAAGAGGCUUGUCAAUGUUACACAGCUUUAUUUCCUGGACUACUAUUUCGAUCUUCUCACUUACACCGGCGCUCGCCAGAAUAGACUGGCCGCUUUCAAGGCGGAGUACCCGCCGCCACCAGAGACGGAUGAGGAGACAUAUGCAGCAAUGUGGCACAAGUAUACAGGUCGCGAGCGCGCGAACUUGCGGAAGAGGCGUGUCAGGCUUCGGCAGGGCGAUUUCCAGAUCCUUACCCAGGUUGGCCAGGGUGGCUACGGUCAAGUGUUUUUGGCACAGAAGAAAGACACGCGCGAGGUUUGCGCACUCAAAGUCAUGAGCAAGAAACUGCUAUUCAAACUUGACGAGGUUCGCCAUGUCUUGACUGAGCGCGACAUCCUGACCACCGCCAAGAGUGAAUGGCUGGUUAGGCUUCUCUACUCUUUCCAGGACGAUAAGAGUAUCUACUUGGCGAUGGAAUAUGUGCCCGGUGGAGACUUCCGCACGCUUCUCAACAACACGGGCGUUCUCUCAAAUCGGCAUGCUCGCUUUUACAUUGCCGAGAUGUUCUGCUCCGUGGAUGCUCUUCAUCAGCUGGGAUAUAUCCAUAGAGAUCUCAAGCCAGAGAACUUCCUCGUUGAUUCCACGGGACACGUCAAACUCACUGAUUUCGGACUGGCAGCUGGAGUCUUGGCACCCGGGAAGAUCGAAUCGAUGCGGUUACGGCUUGAGAAGGCCUCGGAGACGUCCGUUCCCUUUGGGAAGCCGAUGGAUCAGCGCACGAUAGCUGAACGACGAGAAGGCUACCGGUCUAUGAGGGAUAAGGACGUCAACUAUGCCAAGUCGAUUGUUGGCUCACCAGACUACAUGGCACCGGAGGUACUGCGCGGCGAGGAAUACGACUUUACAGUGGAUUAUUGGAGUUUGGGAUGCAUGCUUUUUGAGGCACUUACCGGCUUCCCCCCAUUCGCGGGUGCGACGGCCGAGGAGACUUGGCGCAACCUGAAGCACUGGAAAGAGGUCCUCAAGCGCCCCGUGUGGGAAGACCCCAACUACUUCCUCAGCAACAGGACCUGGGGUUUCAUCACUACGUGUAUUAACUCACGCUCGAGGCGCUUUGCCAAUAUCCGGGACAUCUACGCCCACCAGUACUUUGCCGAGGUCGACUGGGAAACUCUGCGCGAAACCAAGGCGCCUUUCGUACCGGAGCUCGACUCUGAAACCGAUGCUGGUUACUUUGACGACUUCAGCAAUGAGGCAGACAUGGCAAAGUACAAGGAGGUGCACGAGAAGCAGCAGGCACUCGAGACCAUGGCAGAGCGUGAGGACGAAAUGGGCAAAUCACUGUUUGUCGGCUUCACAUUCCGCCACCGCAAGCCCCAGGGAGAGGACAGCAGCAGCCCACGAAAGCCUUUGAGAGCAGACACGUUCCAGGAAGAGACGUUCGGAACAAUGCUGUAG